AGAUAUAACAUAUAUAACAGAUAAAAAAGGCAUAAAAAUGGAAGCUAAGGGUUUGAGAUACCUGUUCAUUAUUAUAAUUGUUGAUCUUGAGUUAGUGACCGGUUCCUGUAAUCGAAACUAUGGACCAGCAGGUUCUCCCGAAUGUGUGUUUUUUGACCGAUAUUAUCCAAAAUACCAAUGGGCCACCUGUCUAACAAAUGAAUACAUUCAGACGGUUUCAAAGGGAAACGCCAUUUGUCGAGAUCAAUAUGCAACUUACUGCUAUUACCAGUGCAUGAUGGAAAGCUAUGAAAUUUCUGAAGGUGAUGUUCUUGAUGAAUGUGCGUGUGGAGUUGAUGCCCCCAAACAAACACAAACUCCACCAACAGAUGAAACUCAGCUUCCGAGCCAUUGCUACAGUCCAUCUGGUAAAGACUGCAAUUGGUACAGCGACUGCUUGGAGAGACGAUUUCCUUGCAAAGAAAGGCAACAAACAUCAUAAGCAAUAAACAAUGGUGAGAAGUUUUGCAACUUGUACGAAGACCAUUACCAGCACUUCUCUCCUGAAGGUCAGCAGUGGAUUGA